AGAAAAAAAAAAUACUUACAAAAUUACACCUAUUUCCUUUUGCAACUUUCCACAUUCAUAAACCCUAGUUUACAUAUUUAUAUUUUUUAUUUAUUUUUAUUUUUAUUAUUGUUAUGCUUACUUAACAAAUAUAUAUUUAUUUGACGAAAUUAAAUCAAAUUUUUAUUAUUCCGAUGACCGCCGAUUCCUCUACCGUCGCCGCCGCCAUUACUCAUUCCGGCGAUGACGGCGGUGUUAAAAGCCCAACAUCCGCCGUCACCAGAAGAAGUUUACCCGUUCCGUGGGCCCAAGCUGUUCGUGGGUCGGAUUCGGUUCCGGGUAUUUCUGAUCCGGCACCGCCUCCGGAGACUCCGCCGGAAAACAAUGCCGCCGGUGGCUUAAAAAAGUCUGCUUGGAAUAAACCUUCUGCAAUUAAUGGUGUUAUUGAUGGAAAUAGUGAGCCUCUUAUGGGGGCUGCUUCUUGGCCUGCUUUAUCUGAAUCGACCCGACCCGGAUUCAAGCUGCCCGAAUCUUCAUCUAAACCCGCAUCCGAUGGAUCCGUUUCGGCACCUGUAGUACUGCAACAACAAACAAAACAGGCUAAAAGUAAUGCAAACUCUCAUCACACUAAUUCAAACCAUAUGAAUCAGCGAAACCGAUCAAUGAAACGAGCAGGGGCUGCUGGUGGGGCUGGUACUGGUAAUGGUAAUACUGGUGGUGCUGGUACGGGUAAUGUUGGUGGUGCUGGUACGGGUAAUGUUGGUAGUGUUGGUGGCACAUCUGCAGGCUAUAUAAGGCCGCUACCGCCACCACCACCACCAAUGCCGCCCCCGUUUCCACUUUUUGACGUGUAUGGUAAUUUGGUACCACCACCACCACCACCUCCGUUUAAGGGGAAUACUUGGUCCCCUAGAUCAGUUGGAGUUGUUGGGCAGGAUCAGUCUUUGAAUAGGAAUCCAGCCCGGAGGAAUAAUAACUUUGGUCCUAGGCCGGUGAACAAUGGUGGAAGGCGUGAUCAUCAUGACCGUGAUUGGAGGGGUCCUAGAAGUCAUCAAAUGGGAGUGGGCCCACCACCUCCACCACCAGUUAGGGGAUUUAUUCGACCUCAUCCAGGCCCUGCUUCUUUUAUUCCUCAUCAGCCUAUAAGACCGUAUGGCCCCCCAAUGGGUUAUGAUAUAGGUGCAUCAUAUGUAUAUCUGCCUACAUUAGCUCCAGAGCCAUUUAGGGGUGUGCCUCCUCUGCCUCCCCCUGGAACAUCGGGUUCUAUGUUUAUGCCUCGUAUGGAUUCUUCUUUCGAGGAUCCAAUACUUAAGCAGAUUGAAUAUUAUUUCAGUGAUGACAACUUGGUGAAAGAUAACUUUUUGAGGUCACACAUGGAUGAUGAAGGAUGGGUACCUAUCUCAUUAAUAGCUGGUUUUCGUCGAGUUCAACUUUUGACGAAUGACAUCCAAAUGAUUACAAAAUCUUUGAGAGAUUCAACUACUCUUGAAAUUCAGGGUGACAAGUUGAGGAGACGUACUGAUUGGAAAAGAUGGGUACAAUCUUCCAACAAGAGUCAAGGGGAUACAUCGUCACAUGAAGCAAAUGAGAAUUCUGUGGAAGAAACUUCAUUGCAGAAUCUCACACUGGAAGACGGGCCUAGUAAUGAAAAAGAAGUCGCGGGAUCAGAUUCUUCAAAUCUUGUUAAUGGGGAAGUCACUAGCGGGGAACCUUGUUUCUAAAGUCCAAUGCUCAUCCAAGAAGUCAAAGUCAAUACCUUUGACCCGUGCCGGAUUUUUGCAGUUUCCAGUACAUAGGAGAGCUUUGGAUGCUUGAUUAAUGAGGCUGAUGGUUUUGUAUAUAUGCUGCUGAUGAUUCUGUGGCAUUUAGCUAGUUUUUGCUGAUUUAUCAUGGCUGGCUGGAAGAUAGGAUCCCGAGUUUUUGGUACUUUUGGGAGAUCGAAGACUAACUAUUUUUUGAUGAUCUAAAUCUUUAUGGCUUGAAUUCUUACAUGUCUUUCAAAGUGCUAGCUUUAUACCCUAUUCUGGAAUGGGUACACAUUUAUGAUACAUUGACUUGUUUGACUAGUGCGACACUGUAGGGUAUUCUUUUAGUGACUGGUUUUGUUCUUA